AUGGUGGAUUCCAUGCCUCAGCGGACGUGCUAUCGGCUUUGCAACCAAGUGCCGUGGAGGAAGUUCGAGUUCUUGGACGUUCUCGUUCCUGCCGACCUUCCCUCGAUCCCCUUCUGCGUGUUUUGCCCAGCGCGGACGAUCCAAGAGGUCAGCAACAUGAGGGUUGGUGCUUUGAGAGGAGAACUUCAGCGUUGUCGGCUUGCCAUGGACGACCCCAACACGGUGGACCGGGCCAAAGAGCAGGUCAUAAUCCUCGCAUGCACCCUUCGGGGUGCCUUCGACGGGUUGAAGGACGUCGGAAGAAGAGUCAGGAAGAUGAACAGGAAAGCAAUGAGGCAGGCCAGGGGGGAGGACACCGGGGAGACCGCGGCGGAAGAGGCCGAGGAGAACGACGACGGUGAUGGGGAAGUUUUGCAGGCGCCGCUCAACACGCUUGCCCAGGUCGAGGCGUUCGUGCGCGACCCUGGGAUCUCGCGCAUCGUCAGCAUCGCCGCAGUCUAUCUGCAUCUCAACAGGUUCCAAGCCUGCCGAAGCCUGGGUACAAUCGAGUUCCUCGAGGAUGUGCAGGAGAUGGCCUUUUUCGAGGAGUCCUGGCUGACUCCCUGGGUGCCGCCAACCUCCCAUGGCCUGAGAUUCCUGGACAACGGAUACUGUCGCGCCGUACGCAGGGAUCACGCGCUCAACGCGCGCGCCCUGCUCAUCGCCCUUAACUUCUGCUAUCUUGACCUGCUCAGGAUGAUACCAGCAAACAUCGACGACUGCAGCAAAUGGACAGAGAGCCCGCAGCUGGCACUUGUUACAGAGCUUAUCCUGUACCCGUUUAGGGCUGAGAGGUUCCCGAACGCUCCACUCGCCAAAGGCGACGCGGAGCUCGAUAAUGCGGUUCCCUCCGUCCUUAACUUCCAGCGCAGCGCUGCCAGCCCGCUCGAGCAGGCAACGCGUCCGACGGCAAGGAAGACAGAGCAGGCCGAGACAGGGCAGUCAAGGAAGGAUAGCAUCGCAGGAGGCGAUGGAAAGAGGGAAGAACGCCCAUCCAGCUCUGCAGUCCAAGAGCUUCAGGCCAACCAGCCGAUCAUGUCGACUAGGGUCGGCCAACCUGUCUGUGGCGGCCCCUCUGCGUCUGACAGUGCUUUGGACACUGCCAACGCUAUUGCAGGUGAUACCGCUCCCACCCAGCUGCCAUUGCCAGUAGCGGAGGCCAACCAGCAGGCAGCGGAGGACAGUGCUAAAGUCGAGAUAGGGAAGGAAGGGACCGCAAUGACCCGCAAGGUGAAGAAGAAGAGGAAGGCCAAGUGGAACAAGGGCUGGACGGAAGCGACUAAGCAGCGUCAACAGGAAGAACAAGUGCCCCUCGCAGAGGUUCCCCCCUCUGACUUAGAGCUGGACAUUCCCAUCCAAGUUGACGACCCCAUCAACGCCGAAGCUCCUAAGGAACAACAAGCCUCAGCACAGGCCCCCGCCGUGUCCGGACAAGUCAAAGCGCCCUUCACAGCCGUACCCCCCUCCAAAUUUGAGCUGGACGUUCCCAUUCAGCUUACCACCACCACCGAUACCGAGACUCCUAAAGAAGAACAAGCCCCAACACCAGGCCCCACUGCGCCCGAACAAGUCUCUGACGAGGAGGAACAAGCGCCCUCUGCAGCGUUUCCCGUCUCUGAUUCGGAGACGGAGAUUGCAAUCCAAGUCACCGCCCCGGUCGAUACCGAAGCCUGCAUCCAAAAGCCGAUAACGAAAGACGAAGCCAUGAAGCAGGAAAAGACGAAGCGCAAAGCCAAGCAACAACGUCGGAAAGAGCGAAAACGCCAGGAAAAGGAAGAAAAAGUCGAGAAGAAGAGGCCGGAGGAGGCAAAGGCUGAACGGCAACGGCAAGAGGGGAGGCGGACACAGGAAGAGGUGGAUCAGAAGAUUCGGGAGGUCGCCCAACACAUCGAGAAAUUAAUGGACGUGGAAAAGGAAAUUCAGGAGAAUCAGGCCCUCCUCGGCGAGUUGGGUUCAAAGUCAGACGAAAGCUCGCUAUGUUCAUGCUGCCGAUGCUGCUGUGCAGAGGAUGGGCAUGCAGAAGAUGGUCUGGAUGGUCAAGCAUUGUAUGACCGGCGAAAUCGGGAAAUCGAGCAACGUAAGGAAAACCAGCGACGCCUGGAAAAAGAGCACAGAGAAAAGCAGGAGCUUUUCCGAAAGUUAAACAAACAGGCAAACGAGGGCCCGCUCACGGAGGCGGAAGAGCGUGCGGCAGACGAAUACGACCAGCGGUGUCGCGAGAUUGAGAAACAGCUUCGCUUGGAAACGGAGGAGAUUCUCCGGCUGUUGGACUUCCAGGCUAACGAGGGCCAGGUUGCGGAGGCGGCAGAGCGUGCGAAAGCAUACUAUGACCGGCUCGACGCAGAGGCCGGGGAGCGGCUGAGUUUGGCUUCCCAGCUCAAGGAAGCCCAAGACCACCCCGCCGAGGAAGCCGACCCACAUCGUACAAGGACCCUGAGCCUCAACGUGUUCGGCAUAUCCUCCCGCUCGAGUAGUCCGGCCGUGCUGAGGACUCGCGCCACGCUGGACAAGCCCGCAUUGCUACCGAAACGCGCCUGGUCAACGAGCCCCCGGCGGGCCCCGGCGGCGCCAGCCGUUCCGGUGAGAGAGACAGCGAGGCCGAGUCAGAUUAAGUCCACCAUGCCAAACGGCACGCAGCUGCCUGCUCAGAGCAAGGUAAAGGAGAUAAUCCCAUGCCGGCAACCCAAGGUUCGCAACGGGAAAGCAGUUGAGGGUCGGCAUGCGGAAGCUGGGAUCGCCAAGAAGAGGAAACACAAGGGCAGCGGCAAAGAGCAAACUCAAGGUGCUGGACAGAGUCCCCGUAUCCGGCCCCGAACUGUAGCAUGCACAGCGGUGGGCGUUCCCCAGUUCCGAGGCCUGAGGCGUACAGUGGUGUUUCCCUUGUUCCCGGGACAUCUGACGAAAACGUCCCGCCCUGCCAGCCAACAAGGGACAGCAACAGACCAGCUUGAGCAAGCGAAUAGAGUUGAUUUGGCCAACAAAGCCGACUGCGUAUCCGCCGGAUUGGACUCGGGAGAAGACGGUGGUCUCAGCUCGUCGGUUGACUUGGCUACUUCUAAGCCUAGAGAUGAUUGCAAUGGAUCAGUCUGCGACACACCGAGCUUGACCGUCAACGGAGACACGUUCUCAGACCCGAAACCGACGGAUUCCUGCGGCGCUGACGCGAUGGGCCAGCCUGUGCACGCGAACGAAGUUCAUGUGACCGACCAAGCCAACAACUGCGGUGCCGACGGGGCAGGCCAGCCAGUGCCGGCGAACGGAGCUCAUGUAGGCAACGAAGCUAGCACCAACGAGGCCAGCGCCAACGACUGCAGUGCCGAAGAGGCGAGUCGUGCCAGUGGAGAUGAAAAGAUACGGGACCAACAAGCCGAGCUGCGCCGACGGCAGCAAGAGUAUCUCCAGAGAGUUGAAGACGUGGAAGGCUCAUCGCAACGGUGCUUCGCGAGCAACGGUGCGGCGGCUAUUCCAGCCCUGCCAUCAGGAGGGAACAUUAACGACUCCAACGAGGAACCCCUGCAAAGCGGCCGGGACUCUGAGGAUCUUGAGGCCCAACGGGUGAAUGAGACUCCGCACAGGGUCAAGGGCGACUCGGCCCGUCAAUCUGGUGAAACCAGCGAGGAGUGCCGGCAAGAGGUGGCGCAGCAGCCAUCCGGCCAGUCGAUGAUGGUUCCGAACCAGUCCGUUCCAGCUUGUUCGGCGCUCAUGUUCCCGGGCGCCGCUGCUCAGGCAAUGCCGGUGCCAGGUAAGCUUCCUCUCAAUGCCGAUUUGGCUGCCCAGCCGCCAAUCCAUGUCGAGCCGACCAUGGGCGUUGGCUUGACUUCAAAGGAGAACAAUGCCGACAAGAUCCGCCGCCUGGCGUCUCAGAACCGUUCAGGGCCGCGUGUGAAUGCCCAGCACCAGGCCAACGGUGACUCCACAAGUCAUGCUCAAGGGGUCCUUCAGGCCCAACGAGUAACUGGGACUCAGCGCCAGGUCAACAGAGACUCAGCCUGCCAGAUCCGAGGAAGCAGAGAGGGGCGCCGGCAGUGGCACUCCCGUCGGCAGGGUGACGAAGGCUCUGAAAACGGCUUUGAGAACCUUCCAGGCCAACGAGUAAAUGGGAUGCCCCCCCAUGCCAGCAUCAGUCAAACUCAGGAGAAUUUUCGGAGCCAAGGAGGAAAUGGGAGCCAGCCGCAGGCAAACGGAAACUCCGCCAGCCAUGCUCGAGAACCCAACGAGACCUUCGGCCGCUUUCCACAUCAGGACCAGCCGUAUCAGGAACUUAUUGACGCUGCCUAUGUAAUGUCGAGAACGGUUGAACAGACAGGAAGAGCCUUGGACGUGGUUCAGAGGGCCUUCGACGGGGUAGUAAAGGAGUGGGGUACCCUACGGCACGCUCAGGACCGUUUGCUUCAGGCCCGUCAGGCUGCCCAAGCACACCUACAGCCGGUACCAAUCCUGGUACAGCUCUCCCAGCAAUACGAGCCUCCGCCCGAGCCAUGGCCCGAGCCUGUGCCUGAGCCCCAGCUUGAGUCCGGCCAAGUAUCACAGCCAGGCGUGCAAUCGAAGGGCAAUGCCGCACAGCAGUCCUGCGAGUUGCCCUCGCCCCCGAGGCAACCGUUUAGACCACCUCUUCCCUGGCUAUCUGUCCCUGAACAUCCGUUCCCACGGCGCACUUCGAGGCUGAGGAUUGAGCUGGCGCCGCAACAGCCUGUCUCUCGGACGCGGAAUUCUCAAGCCUCUCAGCCUCAAGGUCCCCAGGCUGGCGCCGAGCAAGACCCCGCCAUUGCUCCAUCGGUUACGACGGUCAGGUUGCCUUCUCGACUCCGCGGGGGGAAUGCGGAUGAGUUGGAGUCGAGGUCGGGGGCGACGUCCAGGACCAUUGGCCGGUCGGCAUUGCCAUCGCCAUCGGCAAGCCCGAUAACUCCUGACUCGGUGCAUCCUGAGCAGCUCCCGCCGACUGCUGCCAUGCCGCGCCCAGUCGAGCCAGCUACAAUCCUCGACGCAGACGGAGACGCGCUGGUGCACAGUUAUAUCGACCAAUUCGUCCGCGGAUACAGUGUGUUAGAUUUCGAGUGGCUGUACAACCGGGUGCAGAACAACCUCGCCCAUUCCCGUGCUCUGUCCGUGGAUCGUGGCGACUUCAUUGUUCCAUUCCCGGGCGAGUAUCCAUCCGAUCCGGCGGUGCUCGUCUGGGUGGACCCGGACGGCUCAUCUGCCGAGGGACGGAGGACUCAGCGGCACUUCACGAUGCCAUGAUGAGCCAGCGGUAUGCGGGUGCAUUUCUCAGCGUUUGCUUUCAGUUGCUUGCAUCGAGAGAGCGUGGUUGGGCGUCGGGGAAACUUUGGACAUCGGCAGGACAGCGAGUCGCAGCAGCGGAGUCAAGGAGAGCAUGGUUAUUGGGAUUAUGGUUUGUGACGUAAAAGUAGACAGUAGAUGCAACAGAAAAAGGUACCGGUAUCGAGAAUCCUUGGCUGAUGAGCUGAUGGUUUAUUU